CAGUUAUAUCCAAUGUCUGCUGUAAACACAAGGGUAUGAUCAUCGCAAAAUACAGAACGACCUGUCCUCGAAUAUACGUCCUAUCCCGAUGGAGACAGAGUUCUACUGAAAGCAGCGGCUCUAAUUGGGCGGAUCUUGCGCCCUGCCCCCACGGCCACAAGUGUGUCUUGCCUGUGACUCCAGUCCGGGGGCCCUAUAAAGAGCCGGCGGGACUUGAGUCGGUUAAAUAUCACACAAAACGAGCGAAAGGACAUUGGAGAAAGACAGUGUGUGAUAGAACUGAGCUAAAACCAAGGAUGAACGCAGCCGGACCAGGAUACCCCAUUGCCUCUCUGUACAUCGGGGACCUGCACCAGGACGUAACAGAAGCCAUGCUGUACGAGAAGUUCUCUCCUGCUGGACCUGUGAUGUCCAUCCGUGUGUGUCGGGACAUGGUCACCCGGCGCUCCCUGGGCUACGCCUACAUCAACUUCCAGCAGCCAGCUGAUGCUGAGCGCGCUCUGGACACCAUGAAUUUCGAGGUCAUUAAGGGGCGCCCCAUCCGCAUCAUGUGGUCUCAACGCGAUCCGUCCCUGCGCAAGUCGGGAGUGGGAAACAUCUUCAUCAAGAACCUGGAUGAAUCCAUUGAUAACAAGGCAUUGUACGACACAUUCUCUGCAUUUGGAAACAUUCUAUCCUGCAAGGUGGUCAGUGAUGAAAGUGGAUCGAAAGGCUAUGGUUUUGUUCACUUCGAGACGCAGGAAGCUGCCAACCAAGCGAUCGCGACGAUGAAUGGCAUGUUGCUCAAUGACCGUAAAGUGUUUGUAGGGCACUUCAAGUCCCACAAGGAGAGAGCGGCAGAACUUGGUAACAAAGCUCACGAGUACACCAACAUCUACGUCAAGAACUUUGGUGAAGCCAUGAGCAGCAGCCGCCUGCGGGAAAUCUUCAGCGUCUUUGGAAAAACGCUGAGUGUCCGUGUGAUGACUGACCAGUACGGCCACUCGAAGGGAUUUGGGUUUGUCAACUUCGAGAAGCACGAAGACGCACGUAAGGCUGUGGCCAAGAUGCAUGGCAAGGAGAUUAACAGUCGGCCUGUGUAUGUCGGACGAGCGCAGAAGAAGGCGGAACGGCAGAAUGAGCUACGGCGCAAAUUCGAGCUGAUGAAGCAGGAACGUAGCAGUCGCUAUCUGGGGGUGAACCUGUAUGUGAAGAACCUACAUGAUAGCAUUGAUGAUGAGCGUUUGAGGAAGGAGUUUGCUCCCUACGGAACCAUUACCAGUGCAAAGGUGAUGACGGAAGGAGGCCACAGUAAAGGUUUUGGCUUUGUCUGUUUUUCAUCGCCUGAGGAAGCUACAAAGGCCGUGACGGAGAUGAACGGGCGGAUCGUCAGCACCAAGCCCCUCUACGUGGCCCUGGCGCAGCGCAAGGAGGAACGCAAGGCACACCUCACCAACCAGUACAUGCAGCGGCUGGCCAACGUGAGGACGCUGCCCAGCCCGCUGCUGGGCUCCCUGCUGCCCUCCGGGUACUACAUGCCCUCUGUGCCACAGGUUCAGAACCGCACUGCGUAUUACGCUGCCUCUCCUGUGAACUCAGUCCGACAGUCCCAGCGCUGGGCAGCUCAGCCUGUUCGACAUCCCACUCCCUUCCACCCCAUGGUGCCCACAGCGAGGGACACCACUGCCCGCCGGGUCCCUACAGCCAUCAGCACAGUCCGGCAGGCGUCCACCCAGGUCCCAGUGCCCUCCCAGAAUACACAGCGUGUGGCAACCACUGGAACACAGACGACUGGUCCCCGCACAGUCCUCUCGGGGCCUAUGGUACGCGUCCUGCCUCAGUACAAGUAUGGGUCGGGAGUCGGCAGAAAUCAGCACCCAUCCAGCAAACCGCAGGUGUCCCAGUCCACAGCAGCCAUCCACAGUCAGAUGCCACUGACAGCCUCCAGCUUGGCAGCAGCACUACCACAGGAGCAGAAGCAGAUAUUGGGUGAACAUUUGUAUCCACUGAUCCACAGCAUGCACCCCACACUAGCUGGGAAAAUUACUGGAAUGUUGCUGGAGAUCGAUAACUCCGAGCUCCUGCACAUGUUCGAGUCUCGGAAUUCUCUUCGCUCCAAGGUGGAAGAAGCAGUAGCUGUCCUACAGGCUCACCACGCUAAAGAAGACGUACAGAGAAAGGGAACGCUGAGCUGAGCAGGAAAGCACCGGGACUCCAGGAAAACCGCUUCAUGAAGGAAGAAUCUUUGGGGGCGGGGGGGGGGAGAUAAAGUUCAUUGGAAUAAAUUAUGCAUAUGAUUUAAGCCAAGAUCAGCAGAAAACUAAGCACAGACUCUGAGGGGAUAAAAAUCCUGCUGAGAUUGUGUUGAAUGGCUUCUGCCCUUUCCUGUCUUUAAAUUUGCCUUUAAUAAAUUAUACUGAAUGUGGAUUGGAUUGAGUUACUUCUCCAUGUGAGGAAUUUGGAGAAAGUUAAACAAGUUCUAUACCUGGAAAGUUUCCCUAAAAUAACACCCAACAAAAGCAAUUGGAUGCCAGGCUCUUUGAGAGGGGGUUCAGAAGGCAUUGAUUUUUCUUUUUUUUUUGGAGGGGGGGCAAGUGGCAUUUAAUUUAACUUCUGAAAUUUCAUUUUGUGUUUACCAAGUGGUAAUUACAGCUGGAGAUUCACUUCUCACAGAGGAUAGAAAAAUAGAGGCUAUGUGGGAGGGGAGGGUUGCAUUGAUCUUGGAAGUUAAACGUUUGGUGCAACAUUGUGGGCCGCGGUAUUGUAAUGUCAUGCGUUCAUAUUUAAACUGACCAGAUCAGUGAAGAUCCAGCUUAGUACCAUUCCACUGCUUUACUAUAAGCUACUUUGAGAUACUGUAACGAGCUCUUUACAACACAACAAUUGAAUCUACCUUCACUGUACCCCACCAGUGAAUCCGGACCUGAACUGCACUCUCAAUUACCCUCAGCCACAUUUUUUCCGUUUAAUCUGUUAACUUCUUUCUGUGGCUUUGGCAGGACCAAGAGUCUUCAUCCAAUGCUUCCCAGUCUGGGCUAGUAUUUUGGUGAAACCCCUUGUAUAGAAUCUUUGCCAAACACAGAAGUGGACAUCCCCUGGGUAGUUCACCCUUGUACUUAGCCUGGGUGACAUACAUUGCUCUACCCCAAGCUGCCUUGAGUAACACACGAUGCUGGAGCAGCUCAGCAGGUCAGGCAGCCUCCAUGGAGGGGAAUAAACAGUUGACAUUUUGGGGUGAGAUCCUUCAUCAGGACUGGAAAGGAAAGGGGCGGGGAAAGAAGUGUGGAGAGAGGAGAAGGACUACAAGCUGGCGGGUGAUGGUUAAGAGGAGGUGAGAUGACAGGUGAGUGGGUGGCUGGAUGAAAUGAGAAACCAGGCAGUGAUGGGUGGAUGAGGCAAAGGGCUGAAGGAGGAGGAAUCUGAUAGGAGAUGGCAGUAUUCCCUUCCAUGCAUAAUAGAAAUGAGAGGAACCAAAGAGGUAAGGAGAAGUGGUGAGAAGGUAAACAGACUGGGGAGGGAGAGAAAUUGACAGAAGUUAGAAAUCGAUGUUUAUGCCAUCAUUGUGGAGGCUACUUGGGCAGAAGGGGAGGUUGCUCCUCCAACCUGAGUUUGGCCUCAAGCCAACAUGUUGGAAUUGGAAUGUCUUUAAGUGCUGGUCAGAAUCUAUUUGGUGGAGGAAUAUCUGGACAGCAAAUAGAACAAUUAUUCCAGCCUGCUUUCGAUCCAAACUUCACUUCAGGAUCUGCUGCUACUCAGUUUUGUGGGACUUUACGAAAAACUUUUUGGUCAGACUCUGCCUAGACUGCUGCCCAGAAGAAAUGGGAGCAACCUUUGUCUGAAGGCCUGGACGGUUAUCACUGAUAUGUGGUUUCCUGAUACCAUUUAUCAUGCAUCUUCCCGUUUACGAGCGCUCCAUUCCCUGUGGCUGUCUUCCUCUGUCAUUUACAACACAUUAGCCAAACCACACUUGGAGCAUUAUGAGUAGUUUUGGCCACUUUAUCCAAGAAAGGAUGUGCUGGCUUUGCAGAGUCCAGAGGAAGUUCAUGAGAAUGAGCCUAGAAAUGCAACAAGGUAAUCUGUGAGCACUUGAUGGCUCUGGACCUGUAGUUGCUGGAGUUUAAAAGAAUGGGGUGGGGGCUUGUAAUGGAAAGGCCUUGAAAUAGUGGAUGUGGUGAAGAUGUUUCCUAUAGUAGAAGACUAGAACUAGAGGGCAGAGCCUUAGAAUACAAGGAUAUCACUUUAACAAAGAUGAGGAAUUUCCUUAGCCAGAUGGUGGUGAAUCUAUGGAAUUUAUUGCCACAGUGGCUGUGGAGACCAAGUCAUUACUGAUUGAUUCCUGAUUUGUAAGUGGGUCAAAGGUUAUGGGGAGAAGACAGGAGACCGGGUUAAAAAGGACAAUAAAUCAGACAUGGAGCAGAUUCAGUUGUUGAGUGGCCUGAUUCUGCUCCAUGUCUCAUGGUUUUAUAGAGCAGAUUUGAUGGGCUGAAUGGCCCAAUUCUUUCUGCUUCUGUCCUGUGGUGCUUUGUUGGAUAUUGUAGUCUAUGGCCACGCAACUGACCAUAUUUCUCCCUCAAAAGCUGUCCCUAGGAUAGAAUUUAUUUUUAUGGGAGCUAUCUGGUCAGAACAUUGGCUGAUAAGCUUUUAAUAAUAGUAGCCAUCAAGGCCUUUGUCUUCACUGACUGCUUUGGAAUGUGUGCGUGUGUACACACACAAUGUUUUAGGCAUUGCUUCCCCCUCCACUAUCAGACUUCCUAACCGUUUAUAAAACUGUCACUAUUUUCUCUGUUUGCACCAAUAUUGUAAUUUAUAGGAUUUUUUAAUGUACUACAUUGUUCUGUAAAACAACAAAUAGUCAGCAGCUGUUGAUCCCAGGGGAUGAUGGGUUUGUGCCUCUGGUGGACCGUGUCCUCUCCGGAUUUCUUCCUCACGGUUUACUCAUGAAGCCUUUCUCAUGGGUGGGCAUCGCCCCAAGGCAAUGGAGGUUUAAAAUCAGUUUUCCUUCUCCAAGGCUGCUGUCCAAGACUGACGACCCCCCAACAAAUAUGACCUAUUCUGGUCAUAAUAAACCUGACAAUGAAUGCAGUUUCAGCAGGAGGUGAAGGUUUGGCAGAUACUCUCCAGUGGCAGAGGCCAGUGAGCUAUCAUCUCCAAAGAUGUUAUAAAUACAGGAAUACCUGAAUGGCUGGGUUUGUGGGCCAUAAGGAGCAAUGUGAUAAAACUAGGCACAGGCUUUUAAAAAAAAAACCUUGUACUCCCAUUCCUGAGAGCAGAUGGGAAUCUUGCUUUAACAUCUCUGAAGGAUAUCACAUCAGCUGGUGGAGUACUGUCGUCUAGAUGCUACCUUAUGUACUGGUAUGUUUUUAAAUUAUUCUUUAUCUUAUUGUGUUUUUUUAAGCUGCUUUAGAUCCAGAGUAACAAUUAUUUCAUCCUCCUUUACACUUGUGUACUGGAAAUGAUAUUAAACAAUCUUGAGUUUAAACCACCCAAGUAGGAAUGGAUUUGGCCCCGUCCAUCACACGUAAAGCCCUCCCUACCAUUGAGCACAUCUAUAUGAAGUGUGUUGCAGGAAAGCAGCAUUUAUUACCUGAACAGCACCAUCCAGGCCAUGCUCUAUUCUCACUACUGCCAUCAGGAAGGAAGUUCAAGACCCACAUCACCAGGUUCAGGAACAGUUAUUACCCCUCAACCACCAGGCUCUUGCCCCAGUGGCGAUAACUUCAAUUGCCCUAUCACUGAACUAUUCCCACAACCUAUGGCCUCACUUUCAAGUUCACUUCAUUUUGUGUUCUCUAUUUAUUGCUCAUUUAUUAUUAUUAUUUGCACAGUUUGAUGUCUUUUGCACACUGUUGUCCACCCUGUUGGUAUGGUCUUUCAUUGAUUGUUUAUGGUGACUCACAUGUACUUUGAACAACCCUUGGACCUUUUUUGUUGUUCCAAAGGAUCUGACUAGCCUACUUGAUUAAGUAUCUCAGUAAUUGCCACUAAAUUGGUUUCACAACUCUUGCAAGUUUGUGCAUUAACAAUGCGUCGGGUAGAAUAAUGAACAAGACAUCACUUGUUGUCAUUGAGAGUUUAAUACCUGAGUUUGAAGAUUUACAGUGCAAUACAGAUUCAAACCACACCACUGAAUGCCUGAGAUAUCUAGAACCAAGCCUGAAGAGGAUCAUCACUGUCCUGUCAGUGCUAGAUAUUACACCACAGAGAAACAAUCAAAUGCUUGUCCUUUGCUGGGAGCUUUGGAAAAGGAUUCCCCCACCCCACUAAAUACAACACUGCCUUUAUCCAUGCCCGUAAUGCUGUCAGAUUUCUUCAUAGCUUGGAGUUCCAUAUUCCCCACACUCCAGUGUUGCUCAAACUCAGUAACUGUGCAACGAACCCUUCCUGAAUGAAGACUGGAUUUGUGGGGGCAGUGUCUAACAAAUGCUUGCUGAGAACCAGCUUCCCCCAUCCCCCUCCCACCCCCAGGAAAAAUAGGCUGUUUGCCUCAAUACUUAACAUUUGCAACACUACAAACAAUGUGAUACAUGACUACUUUAUUCUCCCAGGAGUGCAGGAAGGAGAGACAAGAAUAUUGUGCUGGCCUUUUGGGGAUAUUAAAAUUUUCUAGCUUUUUUUUUCCAGUGAUAUAGCAUAGCCUAGGCCCUU